AUGGUCUCCCGUGUCCACGAGGUUCGCGUUGUCCGUUCUCCCGAAGAGAACGGACAGUUUCUGCACUCUGAUGAGAAGCACCCAGCAUGUCACUUCUACGCUCGUGGUCGGUGCCGCAACGGUGACACGUGUAAGUUCUCUCAUGCUGAGGAGGUUGUUGCUGCUAAGCCGGUUUGUCAUUUCUUUGUGAAGGGCGAGUGUAAGAAUGGUGACACGUGUCGCUUCCUACAUCAACAGCAAGAGGAAGAGACUAUAGACUCGCCUAAAGCGCUUGUUAUCUUCCUCGAACGUUUGAGUCACCACAAGGGCGCACGCUUCUGUUUGGAAGCCCUUCUUAAACAGAAAGAGUCUGUUCGAGAUUUCCUCGGUGAUUUGGGAUUCUGUGAUAUCACCAAGCUAUACUCUAUCUUGGAUCGUUGUGGAAAGGUCGAUGACAAGAAGGAAUAUGAGGAGCUCAUAAGUACCUUGGGGAGAUCACUUGUAAUGAAGUCGCUGUUUCACAUCGGUUACAUUACUCGCGAGACCGACCUAAUCGUGUGUACAAAAGUGUUGGUGGACGCUGCCAGACUCGGGCGGGGUUGUGAUUGGGGGCUUCCAAUAGCUCUGCUGAGGAGGCGAAUAAAGGAGUUGAAGAUCGACAGUUCGAUCCCGGCCCCCUGCGUUUCUCCAACACUGAAAGUCUUCGUGUCGAGUUGCGCUUCUGUUCAGUAUUUCAUAGGAGGUGUGCUUCAACAGGAGUUCGCCUUAUUGAGUUUGCACGCAUGCGCUCGAGGUUGUAUGGAGUUCUUGCUGUGUCCUGUUAUACUCACCAUCGAGAUCGCCUAG